AUGUCGAACGUCUUAGGAAGUGCCAAUACAGGUCUGCAGCCAGAUACAUGGUACAGCAUACAAAGCUACGCAACAGACUAUUACAUCGGCGUUGGAAACUCAUCCUCCAUCUCCCAAGUAAGCUCCGGCACAGACGACACAUCUCUCUGGCAAUUCCUCUCCGGAUCCACCUCAGCAUCCUACGCCAUCCGCUCCAAAUCCUCAGAAGGUCUCUACUGUCUCUAUCCCGGCCCAACCCUCCAGGAAUGCAGCAGCACAUCAGCACAGUACCGCGUCUUCGCCGCAGCGUCAGAUGAGGGAGCAAACAUCUUCGUUCCCUCCACGGAAUCUGACGACGCUGGACUCUAUGUCUCCAGCGACAGCUCCCAAGGCGAUGCUGUCGAGACCGCAGAGCUGGAUCCAUUGAAUGUAGACGAAGUCGAACUCCUCUUCGCCAUCUCCAGCGUCAGCGCGGUUGACACUUCGGCUUACCCGACUGCCCUUCCAUCGCCAAGUUCAACCUCGACGUCGUCAAGUGGAAGUAAUGCUACCACUCGCACGUCGUCGACAAGCCAAUCUUCCAGGUCGGUAACUCCAACACCCUCUUCUUCUUCCUCAUCUAGUUCGACCUCCGAAGAUACCAGCUCGACCUCAGCACCCACUUCCGACGCACCCGCUGCUCCAUCGACAGCAUCCUCAACCAUCACAAUCACCCAGGACGCACCAGUGACCGACGCCGCUGUGCCCACGACGUCGACGGUGCUCGUCGAUCCUUCCGAUACCCUCGCUACGACUGCGCCGUCGGCUGAGCCGAGUGGUGUGGAGUUGAGUACUGGUGCUGGGAACGUGUUUGGAGUCAGCGGUCUUCUGGUGGGGAUGGUUGCUGCGGUGGUCGGAUUGUGGGUAAUCUAG